CUCUAACCAAUUCGUGACAACAGUGCUUCCUCCCCUGCCAUGGACUUCACAGAGUUUGACGAAAAGAAGUUCAGCGAUGUUGUUAGUGGAAGCUGGGAUGAAGACACCGCUGCCUUUGUCAAGUUGUUAAAGCAAGCUUCCCUAGAUGUGUACAAAGAGCUACUUGCUGCUGUUAGUAUGGAGCCUCUUGUACUCUCUACAAAGAACAACUUCUCAAUCCCAUCGUCUAUGCCAGCUGAGGUACUCGCCGCGAUCAAGGCAAUAACAAUUAAAUUUGCGUAAGUUCGAACUAUUUCCUUCCCAGCUCCACAAAUCGAUCGACUAACCCUCAAACCUUAGUGAUGUGGUGUCUGCCUCUGGAUACAAUAAGAUCUAUCCCACGAUACACCAAGGCGCCGCAGGGUCUAACAUCAUCGAUGUUCUUCGCAAGUUCCCGAAC